AUGAAUGGUGGUGACUUAAAUGCAAAGAUUAAGGAUUAUCCCUAUAUGACAAGUCUCCGCUUUGAAACUCAAGAGGAAACGUUUUGUAGUGGAAUUCUUAUUGAUUCACAGUUUAUUUUGACUGCUGGUCAUUGCAUCAAGACGGAACCAGAUGCUAUUAUUGCUCACCUUGGAACGGGCUUUGGCACAGGAUUGGAUGGUGAACAGAUUAAAGUUAUUGAACGGUAUCAGCAUCCCAUGUAUAAUGAAACGUCGUAUAUGUACGAUGUGGGACUGUUGAAGCUGGAGAAACCGUCAAUACAAAAGAUGGCGACAAUGGGUGCAUUGGAUAGAUUUGACAAUCUAGUUGGCACAAAUGCUGUUGUCCUUGGAUGGGGAUUGACUGAGGACGGCUCACGCAACCUCAAGUUUCGAAAGACGCACGCCACACUUAUUUCAAACGCAGAAUGCAAUGAGCAGUUUAGUAUCAGUAUAACGGAGGGAAUGAUAUGUGCUCGGAACAAAGACAGCAAGGACUCGUGCAAUCGAGACAUAGGAGGUCCACUGAUUACCACCGACGGCAUUUUGAUUGGAUUUGCGAGCUUGAGAGGAAAGUGCGGUGCUGACGCUGGUAUUUACACCCGUCUGACAAUCGUCAUGGACUUUAUUAGCGAUGUUUUGGGUGGUGGCACGGGUCGUAACUUUACGGAUGGCACAGCGUCGAUGACGCAACAGACAUCUCUCACUACGCCUGGAUUUGCUGACACGCCGACGGUGGCUAGCUUAGUUGCAACAACUUCUACAGGCCCCACUGCUGUUUCAUUAACUACAAAAGACGUGAAUACUGAAUCUACAUAUGGUUUAAGCACAAAAUCGACACCAAACAGCGUCAGCACCAGAUCCUUUAUGACUGGUAGCGGUGGAUUUCCGACUGCUAGCCUUAGGUUGUCUGCGACAGAAAGCGACUUAUUAGCGACACUAUCAUCGAUGACAGAUGCGUUUGCAAGUGCUAUGAGUACUACUAUGGGUGCUUUGACUUCCACAGCCGGUCCCUGGUCUCCGACGACGCUUUCUGCUUCUGACCACGCGGUCCUCCGCCGUUUGGAAAAAGUCGACGAAAAAGAGAUUGAGGAGGAAUUGAAGGUUACCGAUGAAGCGCAAAAAAUCAUUGAAAAAGUCGAACUUGAGGCGGAAAACGAGAUUGAAGAUGGGUUAGACUCCGACAAUGAUGAUGAGGUGGCGGAAGGCUUAGCAAUGCAAGUUGCUGCUUUGAAGGAGGGGAAGGAAAUUGAAAAGGUGGCCGAGGAAGUCGAAAAGGAGGAAGAAAAGUUGUAUGAUGAGGAGGUAAAGGAGAUGGAGGAGGACGUAGAAAAUGAUGACGAUGAGGACCAAGACGAUGACGACGACGAUGACGACGACGCUGACGACGACGAUUACAGUAAGGAAGACGAUGGCGAUAACGAUGACGAUAACGAUGACGAUGACGAUGAAGUGGACGAGGCGUCAAAGAAGACUGACGAGGGCGAUAUUGACGAAGAGGUUGAUAGCUCGGCCAAGACACCAAAGAAUGUCUCAAUAGAGGAUAAAUCUGAGAGUGGAGAAGACGAGGAGGCUACUCCGCCCCCGGCUACAUCCAAGAAAUCAUCACAAAAGGUCAAGGGAAAAGACGCUGAGCAAAUUGAAAAGGCUGAGGCGAAGGAGGAAGACGAAGAAGACGAAGAAGACAACAAUGAUGAAUGA